AUGCGGAGCGCGAGCUCGGCCGUGGUCCCGGUCGUGGUUCUCACGCCUGUGGAAUUGCGAGCCUGUUCGAGGAGGCUGGAAGAAAAGUGUAAUGCACCAUCUGGAGAAAAAGUGGAAGAAGCUGAUCAACCCAGUGAUAUAGAAGAAGGAGGAUUAGAUCUCAGUGUGCCACUCAAACCUGUCAGUUUCUACAUUGCAGACAAAAAGGAAAUGCUUCAACAGUGUUUCUGUAUCUUAGGGGAGAAGAAACUGCAGAAGAUGCUGCCUGAUACCUUAAAGAACUGUUCCAUGGACGAAAUCAAAAGGCUUUGCAUGGAGCAGUUGGAGCUGUUAUCUGAAAAAAAGCUGUUGAGGAUACUUGAAGGCAAGAUUGGAGCUGAUUCUGAUACUGACGAGGAGGCAGAUGAAGGAGACCAGGCUGGAGGUGAUUCAGUCAGUCAACAGGACAACAGUAUAGACUCAACUUCUUGUCUGAGAGAAGACAGCAAGCUGGAAAGUCAGGAAUCAAAACAAGGUAUGUAGUAGAGAAAGCUGAAAUUUUGUUCUCAG